UCAUAAUUUCCUAUUUACAACUGCGAAAACGACCUUUCCGCAAAUUUCCAGCAUAAAUGGCAGAAAAUUCCAAACUACUAAUCCCUCAUUAAACCCUCCAUCAUCUCCCAGUUUCUAUCUCCUCUCCAAUGACAGCUCCACAUUUGUUGGAGCUCAAAAUGCGAGGCCUAAUCCUAACAUUUCUAAUUUUAGGAACUCUCCAUAAAAGUUUUACAGUAAUUAAUGGGGAAGAAGAGUUUAAAGGAGACUACAAAAAAUUAUCUGGUAUAAUAAUCCCAGGAUUUGCUUCUACCCAGUUGAGAGCUUGGUCUAUUCUUGAUUGCCCUUACUCUCCUCUUGAUUUUAAUCCUCUUGAUUUGGUCUGGCUUGAUACCACCAAGUUGCUUUCCGCUGUAAAUUGCUGGCUCAAAUGUAUUAUGCUAGAGCCCUACAACCAGACAGAUCACCCUGAAUGCAAGUCAAGGCCUGAUAGUGGACUAUCUGCAAUAACAGAACUUGAUCCAGGUUACAUAACAGAAUUUAGGGGUGGACGGAAGGGUGAUGUAUUCAUCGGUCACAGGUGGGACGUUGUUAGAGAAUUGCAGCAGCAAGCAGGAGAGGUGGUAGAGAGCAGAGAGAAAUGGAGAAGGAUCAGGCGUAAUGGAGACAACGGUCCUCUCUCUUCUGUGUGGAAAGAAUGGGUCAAGUGGUGUAUUGAGUUUGGUAUAGAGGCCAAUGCAAUAAUUGCUGUUCCUUAUGAUUGGAGAUUAUCACCAUCGAAACUUGAGGAGCGAGACCUUUACUUCCACAAACUCAAGCUGACUUUUGAAACUGCUUAUAAACUUCGCGGGGGCCCCUCAUUAGUAUUUGCUCAUUCACUAGGAAACCUUGUUUUUCGUUACUUUCUAGAGUGGUUAAAGCUUGAGGUAGCUCCAAAAGAGUAUAUGAAUUGGCUGGAUAAGCACAUCCAUGCCUAUUUUGCUGUUGGAUCCCCUUUUCUUGGUGCAACUGAAACAAUCAAGGCUGCACUUUCUGGAUUCACCUUUGGGGUUCCAAUUUCCGAGGGAACUGCUCGUUUAAUGUUCAAUUCUUUUGGUUCAUCGACGUGGAUGUUACCAUUUUCAAAAUACUGUAAAACAGAGGAUAAAUAUUGGAAGCACUUUUCUGAUAAAGGCAAAGAAGCUCAUCAUGCCUAUCACUGUGAAGAAGAGGAGUUUAAGAGAAACUAUUCGGGGUGGCCUACAAAUCUUAUCAACAUUGAAAUCCCUUCCUUUCACAGUUCUGAUGCUUAUCCAUCUGUACUGGAUGUUAUGGAGAAUACAAGUAUGGAAUGCAGUCUUCCAACCCAAUUAUCCUUCAAUGCUCGAGAAGUAGCAGAUGGAACCUUCUUUAAAGCAAUAGAGGACUAUGACCCAGAUAGUAAAAGACUUUUGCAUCAGUUGCAAAAGUCAUAUCACGGAGAUCCUGUUUUAAAUCCACUCACUCCUUGGGACAGGCCACCUUUGAAAAAUGUUUUCUGCAUUUAUGGAGUAGAUUCAAAAACUGAGGUUGGUUACUACUUUGCCCCUAGUGGAAAGCCUUAUCCUGAUAAUUGGAUCGUAACUGAUGUCAUCUACGAGAUAGAAGGAUCUUUGUAUUCAAGGUCAGGAAAUCUUGUUGAAGGGAAUCCAGGAGCUACAAGUGGAGAUGAGACUGUAGCUUAUCAUUCCCUUUCUUGGUGCAAAAAUUGGCUGGGACCAACAGUUAACAUAACAAGAACUCCUCAGUCAGAGCAUGAUGGAUCAGAUGUUCAGGUAGAACUUGAUGUAACACAUGAUCGUGGAGCUGACAUAAUUCCGAAUAUGACAAGGUCUCCUAGAGUGAAAUACAUAACAUACUAUGAAGAUUCUGAAAGCAUACCUGGAAGGAGGACAGCUGUAUGGGAGCUUGAUAAAGUAAAUCACAGGAAUAUGGUCAGAUCUCCAGCAUUAAUGAGGGAGUUGUGGCUUGAGAUGUGGCAUGACAUUAAUCCUGCAGCAAAAUCGAAGUUUGUCACUAAAGCGAAGAGGGGACCUUUAAGAGAUGAUGACUGUUAUUGGGAUUAUGGUAAAGCUCGUUGCGCAUGGCCUGAGUAUUGUGAAUAUAGGUAUGCUUUUGGUGAUGUUCACCUUGGACAGAGCUGUAGGUUAAAGGAUUCGUCAGAAGAUCUUUUGUUAUAUUAUAUAUAAUAUCUGAUUUACAUGUUCAGCUGGUCUCCACGAAUUGAUAAAGAAGGUCGCUUCAUUAUGCGCACAUUUAUUGGAGUUAUAUUUUGAGUUUCUUCCACCAAGGCGAAACUCAAAACAUUAUUUAACAAUUAUGUAGUAACAUUGAAGAGACAUUUAUUUAGCUCAGUAGACUCAUAAUUCAUUUCUGCUGUAUAUAUAUUUCAUCUAUUUAUUAUUGGUUAUUCAUGUAAACCAGAAUAUGAUAAAGUUCUGUUCACUGGGUUCUAGUUUCAUCCGUUUCAUCUUGAUA